AUGAAGAAGAAGAAAGAUGUCCUAACGAUGAGUUGGCUGAAGUAUCUGAUAAAAUCCUGGAGAAAUGUGCUGCGUCGGUUCUUUGGCUGCUCCCGAGUUUUACGUGUUCUGGAUUUAGAGGAUUGCGACCUUUCACAAGCUGAUAGUAGCCUUAAGUACCUUGGGAAUCUGCAUCACUUGAGGUACUUGGGACUAUGUCACACAGGUAUUUCUCAGCUCCCGGAAGAAAUAGGAAACCUGCAGUUUCUACAAACAUUGGAUGUAACGCUCAACAAAAUUUCUAGGUUGCCUUCGAGUGUUGUCCAGCUAAAAAAGUUGAUGUGCCUAUACAUUGACCGGUCUACAACAGUGCCAAACGGAAUUGGAAACCUGGCAUGCCUUGAACAGUUGUUAUUGUUAGGCAUUUAUGACUCCACCGUAAACAUUAUAGAAGAGUUGGGCCAGCUAACUGAACUGAGGCAGCUGCAUAUUGGAUUGGACGAGUGGAACGACAAGCUGUUGGGGCUACAAAAGAUGCAGGAAACACGUAUCAGAGUUGAUCCUGGUCAACGCAACAUUGGCGGAUUGGAUGCCUGGGUUGCCCCUCGACAUCUCCGUGUAUUGCGUACAAUACGUAGUUGUUGGUUUUCAACACUGCCGGCUUGGGUGAAUCCAUCGCUUCUUCUGGAUCUCAUCGGGCUAUCCAUCGCUGUGAGGGAGCUACAUCAGGUUGAUCUCGAAAUCCUUGGGAGGUUGCCAGCUCUCCGCUCUUUAUAUCUGGAGGUGGACAAUAAGAACCUCGGUAUCCUUAGGGGAUUCGUUGUUGUUGGUGGUGCAUUCCCAUGCCUUGUAAGGUGUUACUUCCAGCAAUUUGUGUGGCCAGUGGUAUUUCAGCAUGGAGCAAUGCCAAGGCUCGGAGAGCUUUGGUUCUUGUUUUAUCUGUGGGAUGGUAGUCUCGACUUGGGCUUGGGGAACCUGCCAUCGAUGCAAUAUGUCAGGGCUGCCCUGCUAUGUGAAGGCUUUAGCAAAGAGGAGGUGGAGCAAGCCAAUGCUGCGCUGACGCAUGCAGCUGAAAUGCAUCCCAAUCAUCCCCGCCAUGAUAUAUAUCUAUAUGACUGAGCCAAGGCUUCUGCUGUUAUUCUUUCCAUCGACUUGGGCAUUGGGAACCUGCCAUCGCUGCAGGAUGUCAUGGCUUACCUGGGAUGUGAUGGUACUAGCAAGGAGGAGGUGGAGCAAGCCAAGGCUGCACUGACGUAUGCAGCUGAAAUGCAUCCCAAUCAUCCCCGCCAUGUUAUAAAUCUAUAUGAUUGAGAUUGAAGUGAUGGACCAUGGACUAAGGUGUGCCAGCCUGCCUGUCAGAGACUACUGCAAAAAUAUAUUUUUUCCAGUGUCUGUCUCGGAUUCACCUGAGGAAUAGCGAGCUGGAGAAAAGAUUUUGAGUUAACGCCCAUGACAAGUUGCUCCUUGUUAAAAAGUUCCUCGGUUUCCUCACAUUUGCAGAGAAGAGAUCAAAUUGCCCGGCCUUAUGAGUAAAUGAAUCCUGGACACAUGCAAAUGAUCUGUGUACCACUCCUAUAAGUGGUGAUGUUUUUUUACUCAGUUUUCAAUGGAAAUGUCACAGGUAUAGCUUUGUGAUUGUCGCUCUAGGAGAUGCUGUAUUUUUUCCCUUGAGAUUCUAGCACGAUGGAAAAUUGGUGACA